AUGGCAGCUCCAGAGCCGCUGUCCCCUGCGGGCGGCGCGGGCGAGGAGGCACCGGAUGAAGACGAGGACGAGGCGGAGGCCGAGGACCCCGAGCGGCCAGGGGCAUCGGGAGGGUCUGGGAGCUGCGGCGGGCCAGGGGGCGCGCUCACUAGGCGCGCGGUCACGCUGCGGGUGCUCCUCAAAGACGCGCUGCUGGAGCCCGGCGCCGGAGUGCUGUCCAUCUACUACCUGGGGAAGAAGUUCGUGGGAGACCUGCAACCCGAUGGAAGGAUUGUGUGGCAGGAAACAGGCCAGGUGUUCAACUCACCCAGCGCCUGGGCCACCCAUUGCAAGAAGCUGGUGAACCCAGCCAAGAAGUCUGGCUGUGGCUGGGCCUCUGUCAAAUACAAGGGCCAGAAACUGGACAAGUACAAAGCUGCUUGGCUCCGGCGAAACCAGCUCCAUAUGACUGCAGCUGCCGCUGAUGAGAGCCCGGCCAGCGAAGGAGAGGAGGAGGAGCUGCUGAUAGAGGAAGAGGAGGAGGAGGUUCUGACAGGAGCCUCAGCGGAGGACAAGAGUAGGAGACCGCAAGGGAAGGGCCCGUCAGAGCCUGCCCACUCGGAGGCCACACCCCCAGGGAAAAGGGUGGAAAACAAGAUCCGGGUGCCGGUGCGCUACUGCAUGCUGGGAAGUCGUGAUUCGGCCAGGAACCCCCACACCCUGGUGGAAGUAACGUCUUUCGCAGCCAUCAACAAGUUCCAGCCGUUCAACGUGGCUGUCUCCAGCAACGUGCUGUUCCUGCUGGACUUCCACAGCCACCUGACCCGCAGCCAGGUCGUGGGGUACCUGGGGGGCCGCUGGGACAUCAACAGUCAGAUGCUCACGGUGCUCAGAGCCUUCCCCUGUCGGAGCCGGCUGGGGGACGCGGAGACCGCGGCCACCGUGGAAGAGGAGAUCUACCAGAGCCUGCUCCUGCGCGGCCUGUCCCUGGUAGGCUGGUACCACAGCCACCCGCACAGCCCGGCGCUACCGUCGCUGCAGGACAUCGACGCGCAAAUGGACUACCAGCUGCGGCUGCAGGGCUCCAGCAACGGUUUCCAGCCCUGCCUCGCCCUGCUCUGCUCCCCUUACUACUCUGGCAACCCCAGCCCGGAGUCCAAGAUCUCGCCCUUCUGGGUCAUGCCGCCGCCUGAGCAAAGGCCCAGUGACUACGGCAUCCCCAUGGAUGUGGAAAUGGCCCAUGUCCAGGACAGCUUCCUGACUAAUGACAUCCUCCAUGAGAUGAUGCUGCUGGUAGAGUUCUACAAGGGCGCCCCUGACCUCGUCAGGUUCCAGGAACCUUGGAACCAGGAGCACACCUACCUGGACAAGCUGAAGAUCUCCCUGGCCAGCAGGAUGCCCAAGGACCAGGGCCUAGGCCACAUGCUGGAGCAGGUUUACAGCAUCCUCAAGCAGGGGAACUGAGGGCACCAGUCUCCAAACACAGGAGAGAGGGCUCUGGUCAGACGCAGCCCCUGCGCCUCUGGGUGAGGGGGUGGGUCCAGGGCUUCUGUGCUGUUUGUCCUGUGUGACUGACAGGGGCUCAGUUUAUAUAAUAAACGAGAAACGGGCCA